AUGGCGCAAUUCAACAAGACAGCCCCACACCUCCGGCUCCUUUCCCGCCCUUCCGCUCAGAAAGAGGUCACGGCGCUCAACGACGCUCUGAAAUCCGCCCAGCAGGAACUUGCCCGUUCCCAAGAGAAGGCCAUCUCGGAGCGCGACAUUGCCCAGAACGACGCCCGCGAGCAUGCCCGCGAGAGCGAACGACUCGCCGAGGAGAAAAAGCAGUUGAAACACGAGGCGGAAGAAACACGUUCCGCAACCCAGGCCAAGCUUGAAACGGCGCGACAGAACAUCAGAGGCGCGCAGGGCGUCGCUUCCCGGGCCGAGGCGCGCAGCAACGAGCUCCAGCGCGAGCUCACCGCCGUGCGCGAGGAGCUCCGGCAGACCGCGGCGCUGCUCGAAACGCGCUCGGUGGAGCUCCGUGCCGCCCAGGUCUUCCUCACCCGCGCGGACGAUAUCGCGGACAGCGAGGUCGUGCGCAUGGUUACAAACCUCAACUCCUGCGUCUUCCAGAUCGCAGCUGUGGCCGCAGACGCGUUCCAGAGCCGCUGCCGGGUGGGAGACUCGAAGGAGGACGAGGACGCCUGUGCGAAGCUGGUGUCCGCGGGAGGAAUAGGCCGGAACGUCGUCGAUGCGCUGGCGCGUGUGGACCACACCAUCGACAACACGCUGGUCCAGGUCGCGCUACAGGGCAUCAUGACUGCGUAUGCACACCAGCUGUGCUCGAGGUGGGGCUGCGCGGAUGAGAAGAACCUCAUGGAACUCUACGCGAGUAUCAAAGCGCAAGAGCCCCAGUCUGUCGCCGGCCGCUGGCGGUCGCUGUUCCGCACGCACGUCCGCCAGCUGCGUGAGCGUGAGGGCGGGGAGAGCGGCAAGGCGGUGGCCGGGUUCGUGGAGGCGCUUGUCACGGUCCUCCGCGUGUGCGGGGUAGCGGACGACACGAAUGUGCUCUACCUCGAGCUCCAACGCGCGCACGCAGACGCGCUCCAGACCGUCGUAAGCCUCGUGUUCGAGUUCCGGCGGGCGGCGGGCGAGGCGAUCGUUUCGCACGACUUCUCGGUGGUCUCCGUGGGCGCGCAGGAGACGUAUGACGAGGCGAGGAUGGAGGAUGAGUGGGAGGGUCCGAAGAAGAGGAGGCAGAAGGGCGAGGUCGAGGCAGCGCGCCCGGUGUGCUGCACGACGGGGCUUGGGUUGUUGCGGGAAGGGAAUGGAAGUGAGGGCGGUCGGGUGCUUCUGGUGAAGCCGAAGGUCAUCUUGAGUUCCAUAGUGGACAAGUUGUAG